CAGCACUGUGGUGUCGCAAGCACAAAGCUGUGCAUAAAAGGAACCAUCACAUCUUAAUCUUGGCUCAGGUACAGUCUCCUUCUGUGCUUCAAAGUGUUGUAAACAACAUAUAAUGGAGACAAAAUAUGAUUCAGCUGCAUAAAAGUAAGCAAAACAACAUAUGCCAGGUAGUGAAAGUCUUGUACAUUGUCCAUGUUCACAUGUGGCUUACUUCCGUGAAAACAAAGGAAAUACAUUCUUCAUUCCUGUGAAGAAUAACCAGUGAGGAAAAGAGACAAGGAAACUAAGAGCUAAUCAGAAAGGGGUCACAAGCUACGUAUGAACCAAUUGGAGCUAACUGAUGUAGGUGUAACAAAAUUUUUAUGUUUAUGAACAUGGGCACUAAUGCAUUUACAGAAAGAUUAGUUGUCGGACAGCACUGAAAAAUAUCUGCUUCUGGGAAAAAAAGGUCUGCAGUAGUGUGGAAGUGUCUCCUCUUUUCCUCCUUGAUUGAUGAAGUCUAGUGCAAUAGCCUGAGCCUAAAAAAAGCUGACUUCCACUUACGUUGUAUUAAUCAUGCAGGAAUGUCAGAAGCUAAAAUAAGCCCGGCCACUUCACCACUCAGGUCUUCUCCUCUCAACUCGCCCCUGCCCCUUACCUGUUUUACGGUUUUGUUCAGCUAAAAAUGCAUAAAACGCUAUACAGGAAGAGCAGGCCUCUAUGCUGGCUACUCAGCUCACCCUCCGAAGAGGACUUCCCCAGUACCACACUCAAGGCAAGUUUUUAUAUAUAUAUAUAUAAAGGAUCCAACGGUUCAGCAGUCUCCAGAACUGGUGGAUGGGUUAGCUUAGGUGUGGGAGUUGCUGGACGGGCUCUCUCCAAUGGCCUGGGAGUUGGAGCUGGUGAGUGACUACUUGCUCACCCUGGAGGAAAUGGUGAGGGUUUACUCCCCCAGUGGCUCUCCGACCCCAGUAGGGGCCGACCCUGAGUCUUCCACCUCAAGCCUCCCUGCAUAUGCUCCUGCAGAUCCCUCACAACUCUCCACCAGCUCCUGAUGCCAACAGAGACUCCCCUGCCUGGCCCUGGCCUGCCAUCAGAGGUGCCUGCCAUGCUUGGCCUGCCACCAGUGGGCACACCACCGUCACCUCCUGAAGGUGCCUCAGCACCCACCAUGGCAUGCCUGGACACCCCCUGGGCACCCAACUUCCCCAUUGCCUCCUUUGUUGAAGAAAAAUAUCUGGAUGAAACCCCGCUGAGAGAUCUGAAUUGGGACCCAUACUUGAAAAAAAUACAAUAUACCGUAUUUUCGUGUUGGGCAGUAUUUACACACAACGGCCAAAAGGUGACACUAAAAGUCAAAAACAAACAAAUUGUACGGUAGUUUUGAGCCAUAAUUCUCGCAGCCUAGGGACGACAGAACCCUGAAAAAUAUAUGUCGUAUUUCCCAUUGUUUGGAAUUUUGCCUAAAUUUUGUAAAUAUUGCGAACGUUGUGUAAAAAUGGCUAUAAUUUAAAAAUUAUUUGAGAAUCAUGCCGUCAGGCAGCCAUAUCUUUUCUGUGCUUCCUAAGCCGUCCUCUAGGGGCAAGAAACCUCACAUUGACGAAUUAUGUCCUGUUUCUCUUUGAUAUUUGCAAUUCAUUCGUUCAUUUUUUAUUGUCAUUAUUUUUUUAAUUGCAGUUAUUGCCUAAUUUUAUUGAUUGACGCAAUACUCCCAAUAUUUUUUCAGGACUCAAGAUAAAACGUAUGAUUUUGUAAACCGAGUUUGUUUGCGUUUAAGCAUUAAAAUAUUUGAAACUGGCAUUUAAAAUACACAUCUCUUAAAUUAAAAAAAGAAUAAUACAUUAUCCUAAGUAUAUGCAUCUUAACUGUCCAAUUUAAUACUUUUAAACGGAAAUUAUAACCUUUGCAUAAAUAUUACUUACAUAUUUUCAAUCACGUAUUUACGUUAAGCGACUAAACGGAAAGUUUGAUUUAUUUGUAUUCUUAUUAUUAUUAUUAUUAUUAUUAUUAUUAUUAUCGAUAAAGACUACACUUAAAAACGAACAGGAAAAAACGAGUUAAUAAUGGUGCUGGUAAUAUCCCUGUGGAUUGUGUCGCCUGAUUAUUGGGAGGGGGCAUAGUUCAGAAGAAGCAGCGCUGUAUUUACGCUGUAUGUACCUACUACCAGGAGACAGAAGGAACACUUUGAAGUACUUUACGCACAGAGUACUGCUUGGAUCGUUACAGUUAAUUUUUCCCCUGAGGAGGAAUUUUUCAGAUAUCGUUUACUUCGUUAUGUUUCUUUUUUUAAUUAUUAUAAUUAUUUAUAGCAAAAAAUGUAAUUUUCUUCGUCUGGUAAAUAGGCAAGUUUAAAUAUUUCUUUAUUUAAAACGUAGUGUUCGUUGCAUUAGCAACUUCUUAUUAUAAACAAGUAUUGCCGUAAACGUUUAAUACAAUUCCGAAAAAGCAUUUGGUAUAUACGAAUACGUAGGCCUAAUCUUUAGUAUAUUUUUUAUUACAUACCAAACAAGUCGUGUUGCUUUUAUAUGCAAUUUUGUUUAGACAAUAUUUUACUUUUCUUUAACAAAAACACUUGAUGAUGCGUAAACCGAAUUUGCUCAUCAAUCUAAACUAUAUUAGAUUUAAUUGAUUUUAAGAAAUAAAGUACAAAAGGAUAUCUCUAUGAUCAGCUCGGUGUGCGUUUCGUCUUACCGUGGACGUAAGUCUAGCAACAAACCGUCGUCUAAAACAUGUCUGAAGGGAGACAUAGCCAGAGGGGAAGAAGACUGCGGCAAAAUAGUCAUAAACGUGGGAGGCAUUCGGCACGAAACAUACAAAAGCACACUGAAGAACCUGCCCGGCACACGCUUAGCCUGGCUGGCCGAGUCCAGUUCCCGGAGAAACUCCGAUGUGGACCCAAGUCAGGGCAGAACACAUGAGUUUUUCUUCGAUCGCCACCCUGUUAUAUUCACCUAUGUAUUGAACUAUUACAGAACAGGCAAGCUCCAUUGUCCUGCUAACCUAUGUGGUCCCUUGUUCGAAGAAGAGCUGGCCUUUUGGGGAAUAGACGAGACGGACGUGGAGCCUUGCUGCUGGAUGUCAUACCGGCAGCACAGGGAUGCAGAAGAAGCACUUAACAGCUUCGAGCCCCCGGAGCAGGAUGAUGAUGAAGACGAGCUGUCUCACCGCUUUGGCAUUGAGGAUUGUCCAGAUAGACCUCGGAGUCGAUUUCGUUUAUGGCAACCAAAGAUAUGGGCGCUUUUUGAGGACCCGUACUCAUCAAGAGCAGCUAGGGUCGUUGCACUUGUAUCUCUUUUUUUUAUCUUGGUCUCCAUUACUGCAUUCUGCCUGGAAACACACGAGGCAUUCAACUCCCUGCAGAACCGUACAAAGCCUGUGACUGUGGGGAACGUGACUCGGUUGGAAUCAACCCUAGAGAUGGUGACCUCACCGGAGCUGACCACGAUCGAGGGUGUCUGUGUGGUGUGGUUCACUUUUGAAUUUUUGGUGCGCAUUGUUUUCUGCCCAGACAAAUUGCUCUUCAUUAAAAAUGUCCUCAACAUCAUAGAUUUUGUGGCCAUUCUGCCCUUCUACCUGGAAGUGGGGCUAAGUGGUCUGUCCUCCAAAGCUGCCACAGACAUACUGGGCUUCCUGAGGGUGGUCCGCUUUGUGCGAAUCCUGAGGAUAUUCAAGUUGACUCGUCACUUCAUAGGGCUACGGAUUCUGGGCCACACGCUGCGGGCUAGUGUCAAUGAGUUUCUGCUGCUGAUUGUCUUCCUGGCACUAGGAGUACUCAUCUUUGCCACUAUGAUCUACUACGCCCAGCGGAUCUGUGCCCAACCUGAGGACCCCACUGCUAGUGCCCACACCAACUUUAAGAACAUUCCCAUCAGCUUCUGGUGGGCAGUUGUGACAAUGACCACACUGGGCUAUGGGGAUAUGUACCCCAACACCUGGCUGGGAAUGAUAGUGGGAGCCAUGUGUGCGCUAACAGGGGUGCUGACCAUCGCCAUGCCCGUCCCUGUAAUUGUCAACAACUUUGGCAUGUAUUACUCUCUGGCUAUGGCUAAACAGAAACUGCCCAAGAAGAAGAAGAGGCGUAACCCAAACCCGGAAGCGACGAUAGAUUCUCCUUUUGGAAAGUCAAUAACUGGCUCUCCACAAGGAAGCACUCAGAGUGACACUUGCCCUCUUGCAGCUGAGGGGUCCACAGAAAGGAGUCACCCAGACUCUAAGCAGAAUGGUGAUGCCAAUGUGGCGAUAUCACGAGAGGACUGCUGUGGUCCUGUCCAGCCCACCUCCCCAAGUGAGAAAUGGUCACUCUGCCACUCUCGCUUCUGUGCUCGGAAGAACUCCAAGAAGGAGGCCGCUUGCUUCCUGCUGAUGCCUGGUGACAUUUCCUGUGCUUCUGAUAGCCACUUACACUCAGGAGCGUCGAAGGCCAAGGUUUGAUUAAUUAGCCAUGAGAAUAGCGAAAAGGCCCUUGCAGCUGCAACAAAUUACAGUGAAGCAGAAGCAGCAUCUCUGACUUGAAGGGGGGCUGAGCACAUUAAGCCACGUAGUUGUGCUUCAUCUGUGCUUCACCGUGCAGCAGGAGCUGCUGGGUGCCUCAGCUCUGUCCUCCCUCUCACACUGAGGUACAGGCUUCGCUGUCUGAGAAGGACAAAUGUAAACUGUCUUUGCUGUUAGUAACUGAAAAUGGGGCCGUGUGUGUGUCUCAGUCCACUUGCGUGUCAUUACAGGCUUCCUCUGAUCUUUGUUAGUUUUGUUGAUGAGGAUCACAAAUGUAGAAUACAGAACUUAACUUUCUCUAUUGACAGCUACAAGCAUACAGUACAUGCACGAUUUUUCAUUUUUUAAAAUGCAGCCGACUGAAAAUCCAGAUCAUCAGAAUCCAGAAUUUAAGUUGAAAUGCAAUGUUUAUAUUGUAAUAAGUAGCAACUCUUUGAUGUAAUAUGUGUUUGGUCUAUUCAGAUAGUGUUGCACUUCUACAUUUCAAACCAUUUUUCCAAAAAUAUUAUGCCAACUUCUAAGAAAUAAGAAAAAAUGCUGUUAUCACGUGAUUUAAAGGGGGCCAAAAAUGAUAUUUUUAGUUUUAUAUGGUUCUUUAUUUGGUUGUAAAGCAUAGAUAUGUAUAUUAAUCUAUUUCAGCCUAAUGCAACUGUAUACCUCUGAUGUUCUUAUCCUUCCAUAUCUGAUUUUUAAAUUAUUUUAAUGCCAUUGGUUGCCUUAAGAAUACCAAACAAAAUAUUUUUAAGUCAAACUUCAAUAUCAAGUUCACUGUUUGCUAUAGGAGAUGUGUAAACUAGCAAAUGGGCUUUAUGUAGCACAGUAUGAAGGGCUUUUCCUGUUACGUGACUGACAAACAUGUAAACGACUGUUUGUUUAUACUUAGUGUGCUUUAUAUGUAUGAUUAUAGCUGAAAUUCUGGUGAUAGAAUGUUCCUGAGUUUGUGUGAUGAUAGUAAACGUAAUGCAGAGCUCUCGCACAAUCUAAUGUUUGGUACACUAAACGUCUGGGACUGAAUGGUGUAGGAUGUUUGCUGUCAUUGGGGCAAAACUGGCAUAGUAUCCCGUUCAUAUGUAUUUCUAUGCAGUAAUGUUGGAACACAAAUAAAGAAAGCUUUCCAAAAUGAAA